GACUGGUGUCGGAAGUAGAUAUUUACACGGUGUCAGCAAAGUUGCACGAUUUUCACGAAAAGCUGUUUUUCGGGGUGAAAAAUCAUUGCCACAGCGAGAAAAAAUGUCGAAACAGGGGCAGAAAGAGACGAACAUCAAAACGUUGUACAAUGAUUUGAAUAAGCACGGGCUGAAUAGUGAGUUCGAGAAGGCUAUAAAAGCUGCCAACAAGAUCUUGAGUGUGGCUCCGAAUGAAGUGAAGGCGCAGCAGUGCAAGCUGGUAUCCUUCAUCCAGCUGUCGAAGUUCCAGGAGGCGCUGUCCUUCCUCAACAAGUCUCCGGAUCUGAAGGAUUUCGUCUUCGAGAAGGCGUACUGCGAGUACAGAUUGAAUCAGCCAGAGAAUGCCCUGAAGACGAUUGACUCCGUCGGUGCAGAGGAGCUUCCGCCAAAUCUCAAAGAGUUGAGGGCUCAAGUGCUGUACAGACUGGAACGAUUUGAGGAAUGCUUCGACGCGUACAAGGAUCUCGUGAAGAACACUCACGACGACUAUGACGACGAGAGAUUGACGAACAUGAGCGCAGUGGCGGCCAAUCUGGCAAUUGAGGGCUCUCAGAAGGAGAUCCCCGACUUCCGCGAAGACACGUACGAGCUGAGCUACAACAGAGCGUGUCUGAUCGCUGGCAAGAAGAAGUUCCCGGAGGCUGAGAAGAAGCUACGAUCGAGCGAGAAGCUGUGCCGCGAGUACUUGGAGGAGGACGGCGCGACGGAGGAGGAUAUCGAGGACGAGGUGGCCAUCAUCAAGAUCCAGCUGGCGUACUGCCUGCAGAUGCAGGGGAAGACGAAGGAAGCUGCGGCAAUUUACGUGGACGCGCUGAAGAACAAGAAGAACGACGCCGCACUGAUUGCUGUGGCCAGCAAUAACAUGGUGGCGAUAAACAAGGACCAGAACAUGUUCGACUCCAAGAAGAAGAUGCGAUCGGCGAUGUCGGACGCUUGUGAGCACAAGCUGACGCUGCGCCAGAAGAAGAACAUCGCCUUCAACAACUGUUUGUUGGCCUUCUACACCAACCAGGCGGAUCAGUGUCAGCAGCAGUGCUCGAAGCUAAUCCAGAAGUAUCCGGAUUUGGAGUUCCACACCACUCUGAUCCGCGCGAGCCAGCUGAGUCGCGAGAAGAAGUACAAAGAGGCGAUCGAGGGACUGGAGAAGUACAGCAAGAAGCAUCCGCAGGAGGAUUUGUCACUGAAAUUCGCCAUUGUGCAGCUGCAGUUGGUGAAUGGGAACAAGAAGGGCGCCGUGGAGGUGCUCCAGUCUCUGGGCGAGGCAAAAUAUCGACCUGGGGUCGUGUCAGCACUUGUGUCCCUCCUGCUGGGCAUGGAUAACAAGCAAGGCGCCUCGGAGGUGUUGAAGAACGCCGUUGAAUGGUACAAGAAGAACAAGGGGAAUGUCGGGGACUUGUCGGACAUGUGGAGACAAGCUGCGGACUUUCAUCUGCGCGGUGGCGAAGCUGAAACGGCUGCCAGCAGUCUCGAGGAGUUAUUCCGCACGAAUCCCACUGACAUGAAGAUUCUAGCGCAGCUGGUGAUCGCCUAUGCACAAUUCAAUCCUGCCAAGGCACAGGAAGCCAGUCGAAAGCUGCCGACACUGGAAACGCUGACCACUGCCACGGAGAUUGAUCAUCUGGAGGCCACGAACUGGAUGAUGAGCACGAAGGCCGUGAAGAAGACGGCCAUCAAGUCUGAUCAGUCGCCAGGUACGUCGGACAGCGUGCAGAAGGUGAAGAAGAGGCGACAGAAGAAGAGGAAAGGAAAGCUGCCCAAGAAUUACGACCCGAACGUGGCGCCUGAUCCGGAAAGGUGGCUGCCGCGCUACGAGAGAACGGGCUACAGGAAGAAGAGGGAUCGCCGCGUUAAGGAGGUGAUGAAAGGCUCUCAGGGAACGUCAUCAGGAGCGGCUGACCAAUACGAUAUGACAAAGGCAGCUAAUUUGAAUAAGAAUAACCCGAGUCCUGCGGUGUAUCAAGAGCCAACGCCUGGACCGCGUCAGCAGCAGAGAAAGGGUCACCAGAAGAAGAAGAAGGGACGUCACUAGAGGCGAUUUCUCUUGCGAAUUGUAAUUUCUUACCCCCAUUCUUACCGCAAUUAUACAUUUUGAAUUGAGCGCGAAUGUGUUUUCUGCAA